AUGGAUGAUUUACGAAUGAUUUCUGAUCUAACUCAACCUCACAACUGGUACCCUGACGCUCGUACUGUCCAGCGGAAGAUAAUUUUCCACGCUGGGCCGACCAAUUCAGGGAAGACUUAUCAUGCAUUGAAACGGUUUGGGGAAGCCAAGAGUGGGGUGUAUUGCGGACCUCUCAAGCUCUUGGCUUCGGAAGUGUUUACAAGAAGUAAUGAACUGGGUAUCAAGUGCGAUUUGGUGACCGGUGAGGAACGAAGAUAUGCCAUUGACAAUUUCCACCCAAGUGCACACCUCUCUUCCACUGUUGAGAUGUUGUCUACACAGAUGAGAGUGGAGGUAGCUGUCAUAGAUGAGAUCCAAAUGCUACGAGACGAGCAGCGCGGAUGGGCAUGGACACGAGCAUUACUUGGUGUUGCGGCGGACGAGGUGCAUCUUUGUGGUGAAGCAGCUGCUGUUAAUAUAGUAAAAAAGCUUCUAGAGCCGAUUGGAGAGCACGUUGAGGUGCGGUACUACGAGCGAAAGACGUCGUUAACGAUAGCGAAUCAAGGACUGGGAUCGCUGGAUAACGUUCAACCUGGUGACUGUAUCGUUUGCUUUAGCCGUAAGGCAAUCUACAGCAUCACUAAAAGCCUUGAAAAAUUGGGAGUGAAGCCUGCUGUCAUUUAUGGGGAUCUACCGCCUGGCACAAAACUUGCUCAAGCUGCAAAGUUCAACGACCCUAAUGAUCCUUGCAAUGUUUUGGUGGCUACUGACGCAAUUGGAAUGGGUCUCAACCUGAAUAUUCGUCGAAUAAUUUUGGCAUCAUGUACCAGACAAGGGGAGCUACUACCUAAUUACUCCGCUCUCCAGAUCGUUGAACCCAUCGAGACGGUUGGUAUUGCUCCAACGUUCGAACAAAUCGAAACAUUCUCCUUUCAUCUACCGCAGGCGUCUUUCGUGCACCUACUGGAUUUGUUCGUUUCAGUUUGCUCAAUAUCCGAUCAAUUUUUCAUUUGCACCGUGGAGCAAAUGAGGUCACUUGCCGAUUUGAUUGAUUACAUACCUCUUCCACUGAAAGUCCGGUAUACUUUUUGUAUCUCGCCAAUAAACGUUGAAAGUAAACUGACAGCCGCCGCUUUUGUGAAAAUGGUGCGAAGGUUUUCAUCUGGCCAGUGUUUAACUUAUGAUUGGAUAAUGGACAUGUUGGACUGGGAUUCAAUAGGUCAACCUGAGAAUCUUCAACAAUUAGAACAUCUGGAAAAGGUGUACGAGGUGCUCGAUACGUAUCUCUGGCUGUCGUUGCGAUUCCCCGAUAUGCUUCCUGACGAGGUGCCGUCGAAAAAUAUUCUUGAACUGCUUGAUAAUUCAGCAGUGGGAGACGCUAAGAAGAUGCGGGAGCUGCCGCACAACUUUGAAGAGAAAGAGAGUCUGAAAGAGGCUAAGAAGAAGAGCUGUCGGCUAUGCCUGACAGCGAAAGCGCGUAAGAAAGUACCGGCGUAUCUCUCGGUGGAGGACCGUUCGUGA